AUGGCAUUCAAGUCCAUCUUCCUGGCCGCUGUGCUCCUUGGCCAAACAGCCUUCGCCUCGGUCUCUUGCGACUUCCAAACUGCUCCUGACGAUGGCGACACUUGCGAUGUUUUCGCCAAUAACUGGGGCUUGAGUGUUCAACAAUUGAUCGACCUCAACCCCACCAUCACCUGCCCGAACCUCGAUACCACCACAACUUGGUGUGUGGUCGGCAAAGUCACUCAGGACGCAACCACUUCGAGCACAAAGGCAACUCAGCCGACGACGUCCUCAACUCUCAAGACAACUACCAGCUCAGCUCCAGUGACUACUCAGCCUACGAGCACACGUCCAACAACCACCAGCACGCAGGUCACAACGACCACCGCUGCUGCAAACCAGCCUCAAAACAGCGGAACAGUCAGCAACUGCUCCAAGUAUUACAAGGUAGUCAGUGGAGACGGUUGUGACUCGAUCGAUGCGAAGUUUUCUAUAAGCUUUGACCAAUUCCGUUCAUGGAACCCAGCAGUCAAUUCUGGGUGCACCAACCUCUUCGUCGACUACUACUACUGCGUUGGAGUCCCCGGCGCCACAACCGCCGCGACCAAGACCACGGCUACCACAACCGCCCCUGCUGCUUCCAACCAACCCCAGAACUCUGGUACAGCGAGCAACUGCAACCGCUACUAUAAAGUGCAAAGUGGUGAUUCGUGCGACUCGAUUGACUCAAAGUUUGGUAUCAGCCUUAACCAAUUGCGAUCCUGGAACACUGCCAUCAAUUCAGGCUGCACCAACCUCCUGGCCGACUACUACUACUGUGUCGGCGUUCCUGGCGCCACCACUACUCCUCCACCAACUACCACCACUGGUAACGGGAUCACCACUCCGACGCCCCGGCAACCAAACAUGACCAAGUCCUGCAAGACCUUCUACAAGGUGCAGUCGGGCGACUACUGCGACAAGAUCGCUUCUCAGUACAGGAUUUCGUCGUCUCAGAUCAUGUCCUGGAACCCUGACGUCGGCUCGAACUGCCAAAGCCUGUGGGUUGACUACUACAUCUGUGUUGGACUCAAAUAG